AUGGGGGGCAAAGGGAGUCCUGAAACCCGCGGGAUUGCGGCCAAAAUCUGCGGGAUUGCGGCCGGAAUUUACGGGAUUGCGGCCAAAGUCUGUGGAGUCCCGGCCAAAAUUUACGGGACGGUGGCCAAAGACAUCCGGAACACGGUGGGGAACAUUCCCAUGGAAUGGUACCAGGAUUUCCCGCACAUCGGCUACGACCUGGACGGGAAGAAGAUCUACAAACCCCUGAGGAGCAAGGACGAGCUGGACCUGUUCCUGGAGAAGAUGGAAAACCCGGAAUACUGGCGCACGGUGCAGGACCCGCAGACGGGGGCCGAUGUGCGUCUGUCGGAGGAGCAGCUGGCUCUGGUGCAGCGCCUGCAGCGGGGGCACUUUGGGGACGUCGCCUUCGACCCCUACGAGCCGUCCGUGGAUUUCUUCACCCACGAGGUGCGGAUCCACCCGGUGACCAACCGGCCCGCGGACAAACGGAGCUUCAUCCCCUCCCUGGUGGAGAAGGAAAAGGUCUCCAAGCUGGUGCACGCCAUCAAGAUGGGCUGGAUCCAGCCGCGGAAGCCGCGCGAGGGCGCUCCCACCUUCUACGACCUGUGGGCGCAUGAGGACCCCGACGCGGUGCUGGGCCGGCACCGCAUGCACGUGCCCGCGCCCAAAGCGCCGCUGCCGGGGCACGCCGAGUCCUACAACCCGCCCCCGGAGUUCCUGCUCAGCCCCGAGGAGGAGCUGGCCUGGCAGCAGCAGGAUCCGUCGGAGCGGCGCCUGCCCUUCCUCCCGCGGCGCUUCCCGAGCCUGCGCGCCGUUCCCGCCUACCCGCGCUUCAUCCACGAGCGCUUCGAGCGCUGCCUCGACCUCUACCUCUGCCCCCGACAGCGCAAAAUGAGGGUCAACGUGGAUCCCGAGGAUCUCAUUCCCAAACUGCCCCGGCCGAGGGAUCUGCAGCCGUUCCCCACCACCCAGGCUCUGAUUUACCGCGGCCAUUCCAGCCUGGUGCGGACCAUCAGCGUCUCCCCCAGCGGGCAGUGGUUGGUGUCAGGCUCGGAUGACGGCACGGUGCGUUUCUGGGAGGUGAGCUCGGGGCGCUGCCUGCGCACGCUGCCCGUCGGAUCCGUGGUCAAGAGCGUGGCCUGGAACCCCAACCCCUCCAUCUGCCUGGUGGCCGUGGCCGUGGACGAGCAGGUGCUGCUGGUGAACGCGGGCCUGGGGGACCGGCUGCUGGUGUCGGGCACGGAUCAGCUGCUGGAGGCGUGGGAGGCUCCGCAGGAGGAGCGGCCGCAGCCGGUGCGCUGGGAGCCGGCCGGCGCCGAGGAGCGCGCCCGGGGCGUCCGCCUGCGCGUGCAGCACGGCAAGCCGGUGACGCAGGUGACGUGGCACGGCAAGGGCGACUACUGGGCGUCGGUGGUGCGGAGCCCGGGCGGGCGGCAGGUGCUGAUCCACCAGAGCAGCCGGCGCUGGAGCCAGGCCCCGUUCCGGCGCAGCCCGGGCCUGGUGCAGUGCGUGCGCUUCCACCCGCUGCGGCCCCACUUCCUGGUGGCCUCGCAGCGCUCGGUGCGCGUCUACAACCUGCUGCGCCAGGAGCUCACCAAGAAACUGCAGAGCAACUGCCAGUGGAUCUCCAGCAUGGCCGUGCACCCCGGAGGGGACAACGUGAUCUGCGGCAGCUACGACAGCAAGCUGGCCUGGUUUGACCUGGACCUGUCCACGCGGCCCUACCGCCUGCUGAGGCACCACGGCCGUGCCGUGCGCUCGGUGGCGUUCCACCGCCGCUACCCCCUGUUCGCCUCCGGCUCCGACGACGGCUCCGUCAUCGUCUGCCACGGAAUGGUCUACAAUGACCUGCUGCAGAACGCGCUGCUGGUGCCGCUCAAGGUGCUCAAGGGCCACGCGCCCACCCUGGACCUCGGCGUGCUCGACGUCGCCUUCCACCCCCAGCAGCCCUGGAUCUUCUCUGCUGGGGCCGAUGGGACCGUCAGGCUCUACACCUGAUCCAUCCAUCCAUGGGAUCCACCUGGAUCCACCCCCAGCAGCCCUGGAUCUUCUCUGCUGGGGCCGACGGAACCGUCAGGCUCUACACAUGAUCCAACGGGAUCCACUGGGACCCACUGGGAUCCACCUGGAUCCACCGGGGUUCCAGUGAGAUCCUCAGGGAUCCACCUGGAUCCAUCCCCAGCAGCCCUGGAUCUUCUCCUCCAGUGCCGUCUACACAUGAUCCAACGGGAUCCACUGGGAUCCACUGGGAUCCACCCAGAUCCUCGGGGUUCCAGUGGGAUCCACCUGGAUCCACCCCCAGCAGCCCUGGAUCUUCUCUGCUGGGGCCGAUGGAACCGUCAGGCUCUACACAUGAUCCAAUGGGAUCCACUGGGAUCCACCUGGAUCCACCUGGGUUCCAGUGGGGUCCACCUGGAUCCACCCCCAGCAGCCCUGGAUCUUCUCCUCCAGUGCCGUCUACACAUGAUCCACUGGGACCCACUGGGAUCCACCUGGAUCCACCCAGAUCCAUGGGGUUCCAGUGGGGUCCACCUGGAUCCACCCCCAGCAGCCCUGGAUCUUCUCCGCUGGGGCCGAUGGAACCGUCAGGCUCUACACCUGAUCCAGCGGGAUCCAUGGGAUCCACUGGGAUCCACCUGGGUUCCAGUGGGGUCCACCUGGAUCCACCCCCAGCAGCCCUGGAUCUUCUCUGCUGGGGCCGAUGGGACCGUCAGGCUCUACACCUGAUCCAACGGGAUCCACCUGGAUCCACCUGGAUCCACCCCCAGCAGCCCUGGAUCUUCUCUGCUGGGGCCGAUGGAACCGUCAGGCUCUACACAUGAUCCAUUGGGAUCCACUGGGAUCCACCUGGAUCCACUGGGGUUCCAGUGAGAUCCUCAGGGAUCCACCUGGAUCCACCCCCAGCAGCCCUGGAUCUUCUCUGCUGGGGCCGAUGGAACCGUCAGGCUCUACACCUGAUCCAACGGGAUCCAUGGGAUCCACUGGGACCCACUGGGAUCCACCCAGAUCCACCCAGGUCCAUGGGGUUCCAGUGGGGUCCACCUGGAUCCACCCCCAGCAGCCCUGGAUCUUCUCCGCUGGGGCCGAUGGAACCGUCAGGCUCUACACCUGAUCCAACGGGAUCCAUGGGAUCCACUGGGAUCCACGGGGUUCCAGUGGGUUCCACCUGGAUCCACCCCCAGCAGCCCUGGAUCUUCUCUGCUGGGGCCGAUGGAACCGUCAGGCUCUACACCUGAUCCACCGGGAUCCAAUGGGAUCCACUGGGAUCCACCUGGAUCCACCCCCAGCAGCCCUGGAUCUUCUCCUCGGACACCCUGAUCCGAUGGGAUCCCCUGGGAUCCAGCAGGAUCCCGUUGGAUCCCUGGCUCUUCCCCAGCAGCACCGUGUGCCUCUCCAGCUGCCCUUCCCACGGGGAUCCACAGGGAUCCACCCGGAUCCAGCGGGAUCUGCUGCUUUCCUAAUUUACCGUGCUCAAUAAAGGCUUUUUUUGGAUA